CUCCUACAGUCCAUAUAAAGUAGAAGAAAGAACAAAAUAAUGUGCGACGCGACAGUACGUGUGUCGGCUCCGGUUGCGCGCUCGGUUACUUUCGGCUGUUCCCGUCAGAGCUGUCAAUGAGACAGCGCUAUGGCGGAGAAGGUCAGCUGAUCGGAAAGUCGCCCGCGCCGGCCUCGUAGCAAGGGGCGAAUUAAGCGCAUCAUGCAGGUGUUUGGCGAAUGGGCUCAGGUGGAAGUGGUGGAGCUGGUCAAUGAUGGGUCGGGGCUGGCGUUCGGCAUUGUGGGCGGCCGCUCCUCCGGCGUGGUGGUCAAGAGUGUGCUGCCCGGCGGAGUCGCUGACAGGAGCCAUGCUUUGGCACGAAUGACUUGGCUCGACCAGAGUAAUACCACGGCCACAGAGAAAACCGGUGUGGAACAACUACAGCGUUGUGUUUCGCUGUACGAGUGA